AGUCUCAUGCUUCUCUUUUACUGUAUGUAAUGUGAGGGCACGCCUCUCCUCGUCACCAAACACUGAUAACUCCAUUCCUUCUCUCUUUCAUAACCCCACCACCAUUUCCACUUCUCAGAAUUCCACGUGCCUCUUAAAUUCUUCAAUUCCCUUGGGCUGCAAAAGACGGGGGGGGUCUAUGCUUUAGCUGGGAGCUUUCUUUUGAUUUGGUGUUCCAAAACGGGCAAGUGUGGCUGGAGAAAACUCCAUUUUUGAGCUUGGAUAUAGGGACCCAUUUGGCCAUUUGGGUGAACCCAGAAAGGUAGCCCAAACAAAAUGCCUGUAUGUUAGGAGAUUUUGGACAAUGAGGCUGAUUUGGGUGAGUGGGAAUGAGAUUUUAUCGGUGUCUGGGUUUUGGGAUUCUUUUAAUAAGAGAUCCCGAAUUUAAGUUUGGUUCAUUUUCUGAGGAGGAGGUUGUGGAGAAGUGAUUUCAGAAGUGGUUCUGCAAGCAGGUAACUUGGUAUCAGAAAAAAUGACGACUGAUCUUAACACAGGACUGUCUAAGAAGACAUUUGUUUUUGGUCUGAAGGUGUGGGUGUUAAUGGGGAUCAUUGUGGGGUUGUUUAUUGUUAUUAUCCUUGUGCUACUAUCCUUUUAUCUUACUUCAAGAAAGAAAUCCAGAAGGGCUAAUGACAUGCUCCCCAUCAGCCAAAUUCCAACGGUUUCGGAAGAAAUUAAAGAGAUUAAGGUUGAUCAAGUUUCAGCUAACAAUUAUGUUUCCCGUGAUGGUGCUUUCCUUACUGUCACUGACAAAUCGACUGACAGAGAGUUGGAGAAGGUUUCUAUCCACCCAAAGAAUGGGGAUAAAAGUAGCCAAUCAGGUUCAUUUAAUCAUGCAGAGCAAGAAGGCGUUGGUUCUCAAUCGGGAGAAGAGGGAGGUAUGGGAACACUUUCUGUAUACAGGCCUUCUUCGCAUCCCGUAACUGCUCCUUCACCUCUGUCUGGUCUGCCCGAGUUCUCUCACCUUGGUUGGGGUCACUGGUUUACAUUAAGGGACCUAGAUCGUGCAACAAACCGGUUUUCAAAGGAAAAUAUUAUUGGUGAGGGUGGAUAUGGAAUUGUUUUUCGAGGUAAUUUGAUUAAUGGGACUCCUGUGGCUGUUAAGAAGCUCUUCAACAAUCUAGGACAAGCUGAGAAGGAAUUUAGAGUGGAAGUUGAGGCUAUUGGUCAUGUGCGGCAUAAGAACUUAGUUCGACUUUUGGGUUAUUGCAUCGAAGGAACCGAAAGGUUAUUGGUAUAUGAGUAUGUCAACAAUGGCAAUUUAGAGCAGUGGCUGCAUGGAGCUAUGCGUCAACAUGGACAUCUUACGUGGGAAGCUCGGAUGAAAAUCCUUCUUGGAACUGCUAAGGCGCUGGCUUAUUUACAUGAGGCUAUUGAGCCUAAAGUUAUCCAUCGAGAUAUCAAAUCAAGCAAUAUAUUGAUUGAUGAUGACUUCAAUUCUAAGAUAUCUGAUUUUGGUCUGGCCAAAUUGCUGUGUGCUGGAACAAGUUAUAUUACAACUAGAAUUAUGGGUACCUUUGGAUAUGUUGCUCCGGAGUAUGCUAAUUCGGGUCUGCUAAAUGAGAAGAGUGAUGUUUAUAGUUUUGGUGUAGUGCUUCUGGAAGCAAUUACUGGAAGAGACCCGGUUGAUUAUGGUCGGCAACCACAUGAGGUAAAUCUAGUUGACUGGCUGAAGCUGAUGGUUGGAAGCAGGCGCUCCGAAGAGGUUGUGGAUCCAAACAUUGAGACUAGGCCAUCAACAAGUGCCCUCAAACGAGCCCUUUUGACUGCUUUGAGGUGUGUCGAUCCCGAUUCUGACAAAAGGCCAAAGAUGAGUCAAGUUGUUCGCAUGCUUGAAUCUGAGGAGUAUCCUAUACCUAGAGAGGAUCGAAGACACAGGAGGAGUCAGGCAGGGAAUGCAGAGCCUGAGUCUCUGAGAGAGAAUUCUGACACAGAUAGGGGCGACAAUCCAGAUUUGAGGUCGGAUGUCAGAAGGAACCGUCGGGCAUAGACAAUGCGAGCCAAUUACAGAAUCUGAUGGAAUUAAUUCAAGGUUAAAGCUUGCAUUCUUUCAAACUUGUAAAUUCUUAGGUCUGCGCCCUUGUUGAGAUCGUGGGAUGGAAACAUGAAAUGAGUGAUUUGAGGGAUGGGCUAUAUUCCUUUUCUUAUACCUAGAUUUAGAUGCUGGGAAAAAAGGUUGUUUUGUUUAUGAAAGUGGCACUUUAACCGGACAUCCCGGCCACCGGUGGUGUGUACAGGUCUGGAUAUUUUCUCCAUUUUUAUUUCUUCUUUUUGGGUGAUAGCUCUUAGGUUAUUCCAGUUCACAAGGAUUAUCAA